ACAAAAUUAAGUGUCCAAAUUAGAUGAGAUGAAAGAGCUUAGAUAUUCCGAAGAUGAAGAGUCAAAGAUGACGAGACGAGAGCUAUGAGUUGGACAUACGUAUACAUUACGCGUACCGUAUAACAUUAACCGUAUCAUUGAUGACUAGAUACAUCAUCAUUGCCUAAGCCAUUUAUAUCAUAGGGUACGUGCCUUUCUCUCUACAUGAAUUAAACUCGUUGAUCAGUUAUAAACAGAGCAUUUGCAGUUAGAAACCGGCCGGCCCCGCUUUCACCGCACUAGCUGUUUUGAAACCUUCCACCAAUUCCAACCACCACUUUCUUCAAUUCCGGCAACAACAACUCUUACAACGAAACACAAACAAAUCCAAACCCAGAGACAUCAACAAACCCAGAACCCCAAGAAGAAAAGAAGAAAGGAAAAAUUGAAAGAGCUAUACCUAGCUCUCCCAUCUCCAUUCGACAUAGAUUUCACCUUCAAUGGAGCAAAGAAAAAGAGAUGCUAGAGUCUCUAUCAUUUCUGCUCUCUUCUUCACCUGCAUUGUGGCUGGAGGAGUCUUUCUUUUCCUUUACAUGCUUCUCCCUGGUGCACAAGCCAAGCCAUGGUAUCCCAUUGUAGGUUUGAUACUUGUAGCCGUUCCAUGGCUUUUCUGGAUCCUGACAUGCGCCUACCGGUGCUUCAAACCGGGAGAUAGCAGCACACAAAUCGAUGGCAGUGGCCGGUAUGUCAAGGCAGGAGGAGGAGGCAGCAGCCGUACAGCCACCACGCCCCCAACCACGAGUGGUGCACCAACAAUUGCCAAUGCAUCAUCAGCUGCAGGGUCCCCUGUGAAUUCCCCCGGCGGUGAUCAGCGCCACGUGCAGUUUGCCGGGGUUGUUGCCAUGGGAAGUGAUGAAGGAAAUGGAGGCCAGACCCAAAAGGGACCUGGGGCAGCUGCUGCACAAUAUCAUACCAUAGAUUUGGACAAUCAUAGUGGGACAAAUGGUUCAGUUGGUUCUACAGAAAGUGAAAGGCCAUUGAGAUUAACGGUUUGAUUUUGAUAAUUGUAUCGACAUUAAUUGUCGAGUGGUGGUGAUUAAUGAUUGAUUUGUAUAUAUCUGUCAAGGAGGACUAGUUUUAAUGGGGUGUGAUCAAAUGGAAUCCUCAUUGCAAGAGGAUUAAACGGCAUCAAUGCAAGGCAAGAAUCAUAUGCUACUUUUUCUUGCCAAAAGAAGCAAAAGCUCGAGAGAGAGAUCGAGAGAGUGAACGAUUGGUUAUAUAGAUGGGAGAUGAUUAAUUGGGAAGUCUCUGGCGUGACUGUCAAGGAUGACCGCAGAAAAGGUGAUGAGAUGAAAUGAUACGAGGUAAAUUGCAACAAUAUGAUAUUUGUGUAUACUAGCAUGAGACGAUUAGAUCGAAGUGGAACUAAGUAAAGAAUAUUAUAGAU